AACAGCACAGAACUUGACCGACAAAGACUCACUUGAAUACUUAAAGGAAACGUGUCCCUUUCUGGUGGACCAAGAAGCAAAAUAUGCUACUCUGUGCUGCGAUGGGCCCAUGCUCGUUUCGAUGCAAGAGAAGCUGAGCGUGGCUGAGGGCCUGCUGAAGCGCUGUCCUACGUGCUUGAACAACUUCCGCAAGCACCUGUGUGGAAUGACGUGCGAUCCACAUCAGAGCCGCUUUAUGGAACCAGCGUCUACGAAAAUAAAUGAAGAAACUCAACAAGAGUACAUCGACAAACUGAUUGUAUACCUCUCAAAAGAUUACAUGGAAGGAACGUUUAACUCUUGCCGUCAAGUUUUGAUGCCUUCGAGUGGUGUUCCCGCACUUGAAGCCAUGUGUGGUAGUUUCGGUGCCGCUGGAUGUACUUACGAUAGAUGGUUCGCAUACAUGGGAGAUGAAGACACUCCGUUAGUACCUUUCCCGAUCGUUUAUAACGAGACUGCACCAGAUGGAAUGGAACUAUAUAAUCCAGACGUACUUCCGUGCAAUCAGUCGUAUGAGAACAACUACGCCUGCAGCUGCGCCGACUGUGAGGAGAGCUGUCCCGCAGACAUAACUGUUAUAGACACAGGAGAGACGAAUGAGGAAUUCAAAAUUGGAGAAGCCGACGGCGUCCUCGUUAUAAUGGCAAUAAUAUAUGGAAUUUUCGCAAUUGGUUUUCUCAUCUCUGUGAUAUUUGUUCCUCAAAGUGACACAGGUGGUUUACCUCCAUCACUCAUCUACAAGCUUUUCUUCGGAGGCAUCCCAUUAUUCCAGACGACGUUAAGCAAACUGUUUAGAAAACUGGGCUUAGUAUUUGCCUCAUAUCCAGGAGCAACAAUAUGCUUAACAUCCUGGGCAGUUGUUGGCAUGAGCUAUGGCGCAUUGUCGUUGAUCGUCACGACUGACCGCAUAGAGCUAUGGGCUUCUCCGACAAGUCAAUCGAGGAUCGAAAAAGAUUACUUUGACACUCAUUUCGGGCCCUUCUACAGAACUGAACAAGUGUUCAUCAAGGCUCACGGUCUGGACAAUAUUAUGUACGAAAGCGGUAUGCAACCUGUGGAAUUCGGGCCAGUUUUCAAUAAAACUUUUCUGUUAACUGUCCUCGAUUUGCAACAACAGAUAAUUCAGAUCGGAGCUGGAGAAAGCUACGAGCUGAAGAAUAUCUGUAAUGCACCACUGGCGACGGGUGAAGUGAAAACAGAAGACUGCCUUGUGCAAAGUAUUUGGGGCUAUCUGAAAAACAAUGCAAGUUUGUUAGAAGAUGAUUCCUACUUGAGCAUAUUGUUAACGUGCAUGCAGAACAACGUUGAUUUUAGCUGUUUGGGCCCUUACGGCGGGCCCAUUUUCGCUGGUUUGGCGCUUGGCGGUUUUCCGGAAGAUGCAAACGUUAAUUACUCAAAGUAUGCGUUGUCAACAGGUCUCUCACUGACAUUUUUGGUCAACAAUCACUUGGAUAAGACAGAUCUACAACCGGCUCUUGAAUGGGAAUCUAGGUUCAUCCAGUUUUUGAAAGAAUGGUCGGAGACAAAGAUGCCCUCCUUCAUGUCAAUUGCUUUUUCGGCUGAACGGUCAAUAGAAGAUGAGCUCGCGCGUGAAUCUGAAGCAGAAAUAGCAACUGUUGUUAUCAGCUAUGCUGUGAUGUUUUUGUAUAUCACACUUGCCAUUGGACGGUAUAGAUCUUUCAAAACAAUACUGAUUGAUGGAAAAUUUACUCUGGGAGUAAGCGGAAUAGUCGUAGUACUUAUGUCAGUAUUAUCAUCUCUUGGGAUAUUUGGAUAUGCCGGAGUUGCAACAACAUUAUUAACAAUUGAGGUCAUUCCUUUCCUUGUACUGGCCAUUGGAGUUGACAACAUAUUCAUCCUAGUACAGACACAUCAGCGUAAUCCGAGACAAAAAACUGAAAGCCAUGAGGAACAUGUUGCACGGACACUGGGUACAGUUGGACCCAGUAUGCUACUCACAAGUUUAUCAGAGACAUGCUGCUUUCUUAUAGGUGCUCUGUCAAACAUGCCUGCUGUCAAUACGUUUGCUCUUUAUGCAUCUGUAGCUACAAUACUAAAUUUCAUUUUCCAAAUAACAUGCUUUGUAAGCAUUAUGACUUUGGACGAUAAACGACAGUCAGAUAACAGAUAUGAUGUUUGCUGCUGUGUUAAGUCAGAAAAGGCAGUUGAUGAUACACCUUCUGAAGACUUUCUGUACCUGUUAUUCAAGUCAUAUUACAGUAAAUUUCUCCUCAAUCGCUUUAUAAAAAUAGUGGUUGUUCUCCUAUUUUCAUUCUGGCUGUGUUCAAGUUUAGUGCUAAUACCACGCAUUGAGGCUGGAUUAGACCAAGAAAUUGCAGUGCCAACAGAUUCAUAUGUCCGAUCAUAUUUUGAGUACAUGAAAGAUGUUCUCUCCAUGGGUCCAAAUGUAUAUUUUGUAGUUAAAAGUGGUCUGAACUACAGUAAUGAAAAUGUUCAAAAUUUGUUCUGUGGUGGCCUGAACUGCUAUGCUGACUCCCUAACAACUCAAAUUACUCGUGCUUCAAAGUUACCAGACAGAUCAUACAUAACUACAAGUGCGUCAUCAUGGCUUGAUGAUUAUUUUGACUGGAUAAACUCUGGCAACUGCUGUCAAGAUGAUAAAGGCACAGAAUGUUCUGAAACACCAAGACCAACACCGAAGGAUUUUGAAACGUAUUUACCACAGUUUUUGCUAGCAAAUCCUUCACAAGAAUGUUCUAAGGGAGGACACGCAGCAUAUGCAGAGGGCUUGAAUUAUGUUUUGAAUAAAGAUGGUCUGGCAAUUGCCAUGGACAGUUACUUCAUGACUUAUCACACUGUUCUGAGAACUUCUGAGGAGUACACAAAUGCUCUGAGAUCAGCAAGAGAAAUAGCUAGUAGUAUUACUACAAUGCUACAGAGUUAUCUAAGACCCACUGUGAAUGUAACUACAGGAAAUGAUACAGAUUCGACUAAUUGGUUUGAAGUUGACAAUGACACGUAUAUAUCAAAUGUUUCAAAUGUUGAAGUGUUUCCAUACAGUGUCUUCUAUGUGUUUUAUGAGCAGUAUCUCACAAUUACAGGAGAUACAAUAAACUCUGUUGGCUACUCUUUAUCGGCAGUGUUCAUAGUGUCAUUUAUUCUCAUGGGCUUUAACAUAUUCUCAUCUGUCAUCAUACUCAUUAUGGUUACCAUGAUUGUGACUAACCUCGCUGCUUUCAUGGUAUGGUGGGAUGUACCACUAAAUGCAGUCUCCCUUGUAAAUCUUGUUGUUGGUGUUGGUAUAGCUGUGGAAUUCUGCAGUCACAUUAUACGGGCUUACACUGUUUCCACUCUUUCAGGGAGCAAUAAACGAGCAGCAGAUGCUCUUACUAAGAUUGGCAGCUCAGUACUGUCAGGAAUUACGCUGACAAAAAUUGUUGGUAUUUUUGUGCUGGCUUUUGCUAAGACUGAGAUCUUCCAAAUCUUCUAUUUCCGAAUGUAUCUUGGAAUCGUGCUGAUAGGAGCAACACAUGGGCUGAUUUUUCUUCCAGUGUUGCUUAGCUAUAUUGGACCAAACAAGAACACCAAUCCAACAUUCGAAGACAUUACAAGAUCUACAUAACCAGUUACCAGUGAAAUGGUAUCAUCAAUCGACAAAUACCACAUGUAACUGGUGCAAAGUGAACAAAUAAAGAGGCAGCUGUGGAUAUGAUAUCUGUAUGUGCAUAACCUGUGUCCAGACUCCUAAGAUGGAGAACAUUUAACAAAUGAACUGAUAAAAUCUGUGUAGCACUUUUGAAGGUUUUCAAGAUUUUUUGAAGGUUUCCGAGGUGUCACAUUUGUGUGUGUGUGUGUGUGUUUUUUGUUCCUCACGAUACUGUGCUGCAGCUACCUCAUUAACCUCAUUUAAGUGAUCUGACCAGCACCAUCAUGCAGUAUAUUCUGUGAUCUGUAAAAUUGAAAUGAAAAUGCAUCUGAUGUGCUGGCAUUAAUUAUUUUGUUAAUUUAUAUACUCAUUAAUAAUCAUGCUCACAAGAAUCAAAUGUUCCUUCAGAGCAACUUAUACAACCAAUAAUAUUUCCACUGUGGAAAUUGUUUUAUGUGAUUAUCACAGCUAGAGCUUUUAGUGUCAUUAUCACUGAUAUUAGAAACAACUACUGGAAGAAGCUCCACAUGCUAAUGCCACAAAAAAAUAGCAAAACUUGAAGUAUUAUUGUAAAAACGAACAGUUACAUGCAUGCUUCAGGACUAUAUGCUCCUGUAUUUCACUUGCAUCUCUUGGAGGUGUAAGAAGACUGAAUUGUUAUAGUAAUUAA